GCAGGACGCAUGAUUUCUGUGAAACUAUUUGGCAUUCACCUCAUCACACAGAAUGGCACAACAAGGAAGCAAGUCAGUAAAAUUCCACUGUUCAGUCUGUCGGGAUCUACUGAAGGAGCCGGUGACUAUUCCCUGUGGACACAACUACUGUAUGAGCUGCAUUAAAGGACAAUGGAAUAAUGAGGAUCCAAAAGGAGCCUACAGCUGUCCUCAGUGCACAAAGAGUUUCAUAUCGAGGCCUGAGCUGGAGAAAAACAGCAUGUUAGCAGAGUUAGUAGAGGACUUGAAGAUAUCUGGACACCAAGCUGCUUCAGCUGAUCUCUGCUAUGCUGGACCUGAAGAUGUUUCCUGUGAUGUCUGCACUGAAGAGAAGCUGAAAGCAGUGAAGUCCUGUCUGGUAUGUUUGGUUUCUUACUGUGAGCAACACCUCCAGCCUCACUAUGACUCCUCUGCCUUUGACAAACACAAGCUGGUCAAACCAUCGAACAGGCUGAAAGGGAACAUCUGUUCAACUCAUAAUGAGGUGAUGAAGAUGUUCUGCAUUACUGAUCAGCAGUGUAUCUGUUAUGUCUGCUGCCUGGACAAACAUAAACGCCAUGUAACAGUUCCAGUUGAAGUUGAAAGGGCAGACAAAGAGAAAGACCUUAAGAUGAAUCUGCAGGAAGUCCAGAAGAAAAUUCAGACCAGAAUGGAGGAAGGUGAAGUGCUUGAGAAAGAGAUGGAGGGGAUCAAACUGUCUGCUGAUAAAACAAUUGAAGACAGUGAUGCCAUCAUCGAUGAGCUGUUGAGUUACAUUAAAGAAAAAGGCUCAAAUCUAAAGCAGCAGAUCAAAUCCCAGCAGGAAACUGAAGAGAGUCGAGUCAUGGAGCUUCAGAAGAAGCUGGAGCAAGAGAUCACUGAGCUGAGGAGGAAAGAAGAGGAGCUGAAGCAGCUUUCAGGCACAGAGGACCACACCGAAUUUCUACUAAGUUACUCCAUGAUGUCAAAACUCAGUGAAUAUACAGAUUCACCAAGCUUUAAAAUGUGUCAAGUUAAGUACUUUGAGGAUCUGCAAACAGCAAUGUUAGAAGCCAGAGAAAAUCUCAAAGCAUUUCUAAGUGAGGAAUGGAGGAAGAUCACUCUGACAGUGAGAUCAGUGGAUGUUUUAUUGCCACAAAUUGAACCUAAGACCAGAGAUGAGUUUUUAAAAUAUUCAUGUCAACUGACGAUCGACCCAGAUACAGUCCACAAAAAUCUCUUCCUGUCUAAUCAGAACAGAACCGUAUCAGACAGUGCUCCAAAUCCAAAUAUCUAUCCUGGAUAUAAAAAAAGGGACAGGUUUUCCAACUACCAGCAGGUCCUGAGUAAGGAGAGUCUGAUUGGACCUUGUUACUGGGAAGUGGAGAUGAAAGGGAAAGGCCUUUCAGUAGCCGUGACGUACAAGAAUAAAAAUAAACUGGAUCAAAGUGAUUUUGGAAGUAACAAUAAAUCCUGGGCAUUAGAGUGUUACGGUGACUGCUACAAAUUCAGACACAAUAAAAUCACAACUCCCCUCUCAGGCCCUCUGUCCUCCAAAGUAGGAGUGUACGUGGAUCCCAGAGCAGGUGUUCUUUCUUUCUACAGCGUCUCUGACACCAUGGCCCUCCUCCACAGAGUCCAGACCACAUUCACUAAGCCGCUCUAUGCUGGACUGUGGAUUUGGAAGAGUUUUUGGGCUGACAACACUGCUACAUUUAAUGAGAUAAAGUAGACCGUCUUCAUUGGUUUGUGAACCCAUCUUGUUCUUUCCUUUACUCACUGAUCAAAUGCCAUCAUCUUAAGCCAAGUGUCACGGGGAAACAUGAAAUAUUGAUUAAAAUCUGAUAGAUUUCUUUGUGCACAGGAACUAGAAAUCAGUAGCAUCAGUCAUAAUGAAUGCCAGUGUUUGCACAUGUAUUAUUAAUCAAAAUGUGAGAUUAGUUUUGUACGGUUUAUACUGUGAGGUUUUCCGUCGCACUGUAUGAAUCAUUCAUGAACUUUCUCAAUCAUUUCUUUUCUCAAUCAUUUUUUACUUCUUCCUUUCACUUUUUAAGCAUUUUAAGAAAACUGUAAUGAUGCGUUCAGUACACCCAUAAUAAUAUAAAAUCAGUUGUACAUUCUUAGAAAAAAAUCAUGUUUAACAAUAAUUAUUGAAUGUUAAAAAGGAAUUUGUGGCAGUGCUUAUACCACCUAUGACAACUGAGGAAGUUCAGGGUCUCUCCAGUGAUCCUCAGGACUUUCUAUACAGGCACUGUAGAGAGCAUCCUCACACAGAACGUCGCAUCCUGGUUUGGGAACAGCUGUGUCUAGGACAAAAAAGCUCUUCAGAGAGUGAUCUGUACAGCAGAACGCUGCUGCAGGGCUGCUCUCCCCUCCCUACCGGACAUUUACACCAAAAGAUGCAGGACCAGAGCAGCUCAGAUACUAAAGGACCCUUUCCACCCCAGCAAUAAACCGGUCCAGUUUCUACACCAUCUGCAGAAGGUUCCCCACCAUCUGGGCAAGAACAGAGAGGCUGAAGAGGAGCUUCUACCCUCAGUCAGGCCAUCCAUGUAUUAAAUCAGGACAUGCCACAUUUUAUUGAUUCGUUAUUGUGUUUGUAACACUUGUGAUGACCACAGAUAUGACAUGUGUCAUGAUCCUGGGUCUUAUGACCCAGCGGUUUCAGUUUCUUGUGUUUUGUCCUUUUGUAUUAUGGUUUGAGUCCACCUUGUUACUUUAAAGUUUAGUCUGAAUCACUAGGUUUUUAUGUUUAUUUUUUGGUUGUUAGAUUUCCUGUGUCUUUGCUCCUGUGUCUCCCUCUGUGUAUCUGUAGUCAUAUAGAUCUGAGUUCCUGUGCCUUGUUUCCCCUCGUGUUUUAUUCCACGUUUCCCCAGCCCGUUAAUAACGGGCCGUUAUGUCUGCGCUCUGGCGACAAAGAACUGUGCGUGUGUGAAGUGCAUUUCACAGUAUCAGUCUAAUAAACUUAAACCUACACCAUCCUCCCUAUUCUGGUAUUCUAAACAGUACCCGAAAGUAGACUGCUUGGUUGAGUUAACCUCCUGAACCAUCUACAACACAUGGU